AAUAUAAAAAGUGUAACAAAUUAAUAAGAUUUCAUAUCAGUGACACUUGAACAAAGACAUGAGAUUAUUAUCUAAGAAUAGUGAUAAACGUCAAGGUAUUUAAGUUAUUUAAGAACAAAACCUGAUAGAAAUUACAUUGAUGUGAAACACCUCACCGGUAGCACAUCUUUUAAUUAUUUAAUAUCGUAAUUUGUGACUAUUAAAAUGGCAACUAAUCAAGAAAUUGAAGAAUACUUUGUAUUCGCUAAACAACUUGCACUACAAGCAGGCGAGAUUUUGAAAACUGCUUUGAACCGUGAAAAAGUUGUUAAAAUCAAAGGAGAUUUUCGGGACCUUGUUACUGAUGAUGACCAAGCUAUUGAAAAUUUGUUAAUAUCAAAUUUGAGCAAAAAAUUUCCUGAUCACAAGUUUAUUGCUGAAGAAUCAUACAACAAAGAUGAACCAUUAGAAUUAACCGACGCACCUACAUGGAUUAUUGAUCCAAUCGAUGGCACAGUUAAUUUUGUUCACGGGUUUCCACAAUGCUGCAUAUCAAUCGGCCUAGCAAUUAAUAAAGAAAUGACACUUGCUAUUAUUUACAACCCUCAUUUCAAUGAAUUAUACACGGCAAAAAAAGGCCAAGGUGCGUUUUUAAAUGACAAAAAAAUUACAGUCUCCAAAACACCUAAAUUGGAACUUGCACUGUUGAAUAUCGAGCCCGGUCUAUUAAAAGUAGCGCCUAAGCGCGAUAUUGUAUUAGGAAGAAUAGAAGCAUUGUCACGAAUAGCUGAUGGAGUAAGAAAUGUUGGGUCAGCAGUAUUGGGACUAGCAUACGUCGCAAAAGGUACAAUUGACGGAUUUCAAAUAGAUCAUUUGAAACCUUGGGAUGUUGCGGCUGGAAUUCUGCUGGUUAGAGAAGCCGGUGGUACUGUUAUAGAUACCAAAGGAGGAGUUUUCAAUGUCAUGAAAGCAAAUACGAUAGCAGCGGGGACAGAAACUCUUGCGUUAGAAAUGUCGAAGCUAAUAAAUGAUACUGAUCUUCAGACACAGCGUAGACGACUCAAGAGAUCGAGUUGAUUGUAGAUUUUUAUGAUUAUUUAUUUUGUAGAAUAUUAUUUAUGAUAGAUUAAAAUACUCAAAUCUAAGAAUAAUUUAAUUUUAAAAAA